AUGAAUCAAGAUAUCUCAAAACUUAAAGAAAAGCUACAAGUCCUUGAAAAUGACCUCAAGAUCUUUUUCUUCAGGAGGGUGAUAUUACGGAGAAGGGGUUCGUCAUCCAAAUCUAAACCGGCAGAAAUCCGACUGGCACAACUAAUUGUCCAAUAUAAUGUCUCUUCAUCAGAUAUCCAAAAUCUUCUGAUACACAAAUCAGAUGAUAGGCUUCAAGCAGCACCAUCUGGGACCCGGACAAGCUCCUACAUAUCAUCUGGAGACGCGGAGGAGCAUCAAAGUGCUAUGGUAACUCGCACUCCAUCUAGAGCAGAGCCCCAAAAACGAGUCGAAAAUUUCACGAACGAAUAUGAAGAAAAUCAUGAUUUCUUCGGUGCUACACGUAAACAAUCAUAUAGUCAGGAAAUAUUUUCAUCAAACGAAAUUUUUUACAAUGAUUCUCUUCACGAUCCGAAUUCAGCUAUAUCUUCCACUCGAGGUACAAAUUUUUCAUUAACACCAGGCCCUUCCGUCAGAGGCUACCGUGAUGGGGAUGGUAUCGGUAGCCAGUCAGGGACUAUGCUUGGUGAAUCUCAACAGAGAUAUUUCUCCGACUUUGCUGGCCAACAAGACUACUAUAAUCAUGGACCAACAGAUUCAUAUGGCGGGGGACCUCAGAGGUAUUCAUCAAGUGAUGCCUUCUCUCCAACAGCUGCUAUCGCACCUCAGACUCAAUUUUCUAGUGAAAAUCGCCCUCUUGUACCAGAGCAUCAGCCACCACUAGAGCCCAGAGAUGUUCCAUUCGCAGUUCAUGACCCACAUGAUAGGAAUACUCCGAUGUCAAAUUUUGAGAAUAUUGCAGCUGUACUCAGGUAUCGAAGUCGGGUUAAUUCGAAAUUAUCAGCCUUUACGACCCUUGACGGAAAAGGAAAAGAGACUUCCUCUAUAAGUUGGGAAAAAUUUGCUAGUCGAGCUGAGAAAGUAGCUCAAGUAAUUCGAGACAAAAGUUCCCUUUACCGGGGUGAUAGGGUUGCAUUAAUUUAUCGAGACACUGAAUUAGUUGAAUUUGCAAUUGCCCUAUGUGGUUGUUUUAUUGCAGGCGUCGUCGCAGUUCCCAUAAACGACCUCGAAGAAUAUGCAAAACUCAACAUGAUCCUCACAUCCACGCAGGUGCAUCUAGCACUCACUACUGAUAAUAACCUUAAGAACUUUCAACGUGAUAUUACCGUCCAGAAGCUUAGCUGGCCUCGCGGUGUAGAAUGGUGGAAGACGAACGAAUUUGGAAGUUUUAAUCCUAGAAGAAAAGACGAUAUCCCGGCACUCGCCGUUCCAGAUCUUGCUUAUAUAGAAUUUUCCCGCUCACCCACAGGCGAUCUUCGUGGCGUUGUUAUGAGCCAUCGUACAAUCAUGCAUCAGAUGGCAUGCUUAAGCGCUAUUGUUUCAACCAUUCCAUCUGGAAGCCAAAGAGAUAAAUCUAACGGUACAGGUGUUAGAGAUAAAAGUGGAAGGCUCGUAGCGGAAAUUAGCGAUGGUGGGGAGACUUUCAUAUCAUAUUUAGACUGCAGGCAAGGUAUUGGAAUGAUACUAGGAGUACUCCUAACGGUUUAUGGCGGGCACACCAAUGUUUGGAUGGAAAAUAAAGCAGUUGAAGUCCCGGGUCUCUAUGCCCAUCUUAUCACAAAGUAUCAAGCGACGCUUAUGGUUGCUGACUAUCCAGGUUUGAAACGAGCAGCAUAUAACUACCAGCAAGAUCCCAUGACAACCAGAAAUUUUAAAAAAGCCAUGGAGCCCAAUUUUCAAAAAGUUAAAUUAUGCCUAAUCGAUACCCUAACAGUCGAUAGUGAGUUCCAUGAGGUCUUAGCCGAUAGAUGGUUGCGUCCGAUGCGAAACCCACGGGCUCGUGAAUUAGUGGCGCCAAUGCUCUGUCUUCCAGAGCACGGAGGUAUGAUAAUUAGCAUGAGGGACUGGCUAGGCGGUGAAGAGCGAAUGGGUUGCCCUCUUAAUCUAGACUGGGGCUCCGAUUCCGAAAGCUCAGGAUCUGAAAAAAUUGAUCGAACAGAAAAAAGUAAACCUCUCGAUAAUGGGUUCGGAAGUUUAAUUGGCGGUGGCAGUGGUGCUAUUAGUGGAAGAAUUUCUAAGCCAGUAGCUCCACAAAGAAGGACGGAGCUUAGUGAAGUGUUACUUGAUCGUGAAGCUCUAAAAACUAACGAGGUAAUUGUGGUGGCUAUUGGGGAAGAGGCUCGGAAAAAAUCUGGCAGUCACGGUGCCACAGUACGAGUUGGCGCAUUUGGAUUUCCGAUACCUGAUGCAACCUUGGUCAUUGUCGAUCCAGAGACCGGUCUCCUUGCGUCGCCGCAUACUGUUGGAGAAAUUUGGGUCGAUUCUCCAUCUUUGUCUGGUGGAUUCUGGGCAUUACCAAAGCACACUGAGCAAAUUUUUCAUGCAAGAUGCUACAAAUUUGAGAAAGGCGAUCCGACGCCUAAGAUUGUGUCGCCAGAAUUUCUCCGAACCGGACUGCUAGGAACUGUCAUCGAGGGUAAAGUAUUUGUCUUAGGACUUUACGAAGACCGCAUUAGACAGAAAGUGGAAUGGGUCGAGCACGGGUAUGAAAUUGCUGAGCAUCGAUAUUUUUUCGUACAACACAUUAUAGUGAGCAUUAUGAAGAAUGUUCCCAAGAUUUAUGAUUGUUCAGCGUUUGAUAUAUUUGUUAAUGAUGAGCAUUUGCCUGUCGUUUUGCUAGAAUCUCAAUCUGCCUCAACUGCGCCUUCAACCUCUGGUGGUCCUCCUCGACAGCUUGACACUGCUUUGUUAGAUACUCUUUCUGAGAGGUGUAUGGAAGUUUUGAUGCAGGAACACCAUCUCAGAAUUUACUGUGUGAUGAUAACAGCUCCUAACACGUUGCCAAAGGUCUUGAAAAACGGGCGAAAAGAAAUUGGAAAUAUGCUUUGUCGGCGAGAGUUCGAUCUUGGAAAUUUACCAUGCGUGCACGUCAAAUUUGGUGUUCAGAGAGCUGUACUUAACCUACCUAUUGGAGUUGAUCCAAUCGGUGGUAUUUGGUCCACAGUUGCGUCCCAGACUAGAGAAAACUUAUUGUCACCUGGUGACAAGCAGUAUUCCGGUAUUGAUCGUCGCGAGGUUGUCAUAGAUGACCGAACCUCCACUCCGCUUAACAACUUUACAAGCAUAGUAGAUUUACUACAAUGGAGAGUUUCUCGGCAGUCAGAAGAACUCUCAUACUGCACAAUUGAUGGAAGGGGUAAGGAGGCAAAGGGUAUAUCGUGGAAGAAGUUCGAUGCUAAGGUGGCUGCUGUGGCUAUGUUCCUCAAGAACAAAAUAAAGAUACGUGCUGGCGAUCAUCUAAUACUUAUGUUUACUCACUCGGAGGAUUUUGUCUUCGCCGUUCAAGCUUGUUUCUGCCUUGGCGCGACGGUUAUCCCAAUGGCUCCGUUUGAUCAGAACCGUCUCAAUGAAGAUGUCCCUGCAUUCCUUCACAUGGUCGCAGAUUACAGAGUUAAGGCAGUAUUAGUAAACCAAGAUGUGGAUCACCUUAUGAAGCAAAAAACAGUCUCUCAACAUAUCAAGCAAUCUGCUCAGGUUCUUAAGGUAAUAGUCCCAAAUCUUUACAAUACUACAAAACCUCCGAAGCAGAAUAAUAGCUGUCGGGAUCUCGGCUUAACUAUGCAACCAGCAUGGGUGCAGCCAGGCUAUCCUGUACUUGUUUGGACCUACUGGACACCCGAUCAACGACGAAUUGCUGUUCGACUGGGCCAUGAUACUAUCAUGGGAAUGUGCAAAGUUCAAAAAGAAACAUGUCAGAUGACCAGCUCAAGGCCGGUCCUUGGUUGUGUUAGAAGCACCAGUGGUCUAGGUUUUAUUCACACCUGUCUUAUGGGUAUCUUUGUUGGCGCGUCGACUUACUUACUAUCUCCAGUCGAGUUCGCUCAGAACCCUAUCUCUCUAUUUAUGACACUCUCGAGAUAUAAGGUUAAAGAUACAUACGCAACUCCACAAAUGCUUGACCACGCAAUGGCUAGCACGCAUGGUAAAGGCUUUACUAUGCAUGAGCUAAAAAAUAUGAUGAUCUCAGCUGAUGGAAGACCUCGCGUGGAUGUUUUUCAAAAGGUCCGCCUCCACUUUGCCCAGUCAGGGCUUGAUCGAACAGCCAUCAAUACAAUAUAUUCACAUGUCUUAAACCCAAUGAUAGCAUCUCGCUCCUAUAUGUGUAUUGAGCCAAUAGAACUUUGGCUUGAUACAAGUGCGCUUCGACGAGGUUUGAUUUAUCCAGUGGACCCUGAUACAAACUUGAAGUCUCUCUUAGUUCAGGAUUCUGGAAUGGUACCAGUAUCCACACAGAUUGCUAUCGUGAACCCAGAAAGUAGGGCUCUAUGUCAUGAGGGUGAGUAUGGCGAAAUCUGGGUCGAAUCGGAAGCCUGUGUUAAAGCAUUCUAUGGCUCUAUUGAUCCAAUAGACGCAGAGAGAUUUGAUGGACGCACAGUCGAUGGCGAUCCAAAUAUUCAAUAUGCACGAACUGGUGAUCUUGGUUUCCUACACAAUGUUGUUAGACCUAUUGGCCCUAAUGGUGCUCAGGUUGAUAUGCAAGUCUUGUUUGUGUUAGGGAACAUUGGGGAGACCUUUGAAAUUAACGGUCUAAGUCACUUCCCUAUAGACAUAGAAUACUCGGUCGAAAGGUGCCAUCGUAACAUAAUCCCUGGUGGAUGUGCUGUUUUCCAAGCAGGGGGUCUCAUAGUAAUUCUCGUAGAAGUUGGACGCAAAGCAUACCUCGCAUCAAUAGUGCCCGUCAUUGUGAAUGCUAUUCUAAAUGAGCACCAGAUCGUGGUCGACAUAGUCGCUUUUGUAAAUAAAGGUGACUUUCCACGAUCUAGAUUAGGCGAGAAGCAAAGGGGAAAGAUAUUAGGCAGCUGGGUAACGAGCAAGAUGCAGACUAUGGCUCAAUUUGCAAUCCGAGAUCCCGAAUCAGGCCUCUCAGAUGUAUCAGAGGCUCUCGAGCCUCGCAGCGGAAUUGCAAGUUUGAGGCACGGAAGUACCAGGGCAAGCAGUCUCCGUAAUCCUGAAAUAGUUCCUCUCAUAAACGAAGAAGUACAAGCCAAACAUUAUCACUUAACUCCUCUACCCGUUGGGAUAUCUGAAAUGCCAGCUCAAGACAUACAAUGCUCGAAGAUAGACGAAAAUUUUAGUCCGACGGAACUUCGGAACUCUUCCAUCACUGGGCAGUCAAACUCCUAUGCAAAAACUGAUAGAUGCGUCACAACUAGUGCGAUAGAUUUCGAUUUCGACUUACCAGGACCCAGAGUGCAAAGCUCGAAUUAUGAUGGGGCAAAUCAGCAUAAGUGGAAAUCAGAGAUUACUCUACCUGCCGUUGAAGGUCGAGAGUUAUGGGCAUGCACCGAUCAAAAAACAGCUCAUGGCGAUCUUAGAGUUUUAAAUAACAACAACGAUGAUGAUGAUAGUUGGAAAAAUGAUGCUAUCAUGCAUAUGAAUCUAGCGGAUCGUUGA